AUGGAAGAAUCGGCUAAGUUGAUCCAAAAGGCUAAAUUUGCUGAACAAGCAGAAAGAUACGAUGACAUGGCCGCCUCUAUGAAAUCGGUCACUGAAUCUGGUUUUGUAUUGGAUACUGAAGAAAGAAAUUUACUAUCUGUAGCAUAUAAGAACGUUGUUGGUGCUAGACGUUCCUCUUGGCGUAUUAUAUCAAGCAUUGAGCAAAAAUUUUUAGACAAGGGUGAACCUGAGGCUAAAUUGACAAUCACUAGGGAGUAUCGUUUGAAGAUUGAGAAGGAAUUACAAGAUAUUUGCGAUGACGUUCUGGACCUUUUGGAUAAAUGUUUGAUCCCACAAGCAACUGAUGAUGAAUCUAAAGUCUUCUAUCUGAAAAUGAAGGGAGAUUACUAUAGAUAUCUUGCUGAAGUAGCUGAUAGGGAAUCUCGCGAAGGUAUAGUAGAGGACUCUCAGAAAGCGUACCAGGAAGCGUUCGACUUGAGCAAGAAACAGAUGCCAUCCACUCAUCCUAUUCGUCUUGGUCUGGCAUUGAACUUUUCCGUCUUUUAUUACGAAAUCCAAAAUACUCCUGUAAAGGCGUGUGAACUUGCAAAGAAGGCUUUCGACGAAGCUAUUUCUGAGCUUGAUUCCUUGAGUGAAGAUUCGUACAAAGAUAGUACUUUAAUUAUGCAACUCCUCCGUGAUAACCUUACUUUGUGGACGACUGACAAUGAAGUUGAAAACGAUGGAAAUAACGACAACUAACUGUAGAAAUAUUUUGAAUUUGUUAAAUUUUGGGCAUUAAUCAUUGUGUCAUUGUGUGAUUUCAAGCAUCAGUAUACAGACUCUAAUACGAGUAUAGUAGGUAUUUGGGUCAUUUUCAACUUAGUUACAAUUCUCAGCAUAAGGCUUCAGUGAGGGAACUUCAUUAAAAUAGUAGAGGUUUAAGGAGUCAGUUGCUGUAUUCCGUGACGGCUUUUUGUUAAGGAUUUAAUUAAGUACUACUGAUAAGUAAAAAAGUCGACGAUUAAACCAUGCUGUUACUUCCUUGUGAUAUAGUGCUUAUAGUACAUUAGUUUUUUCUCAUUCGUUCAACGGAAAACGCAACAUACUCUAGACUAGAUUUAUUUUUGAGGUUUUGAGAAUAACAUGAUUGGUAUAAAUGUGAAGAAUCAGUAUUUGAGUAUGUUACUGUCGCCUUACCAGAUCUGGCAUAGUAUUUACUGUAGCUACAAGAAAACUAGGGCGCUCUAGUAUGCGUUUAUAUCAAAUUUAGGUUAGAAUGUGUCCUGCGCUAUAGCUGCUGCUGUGCUAACUUACGUAUACCCUUUCUGUUAACAAAUGUGGUGAGAUUUUUGAUGUAAAACAAAAACUUCAUCUAGAUAUUAAUAGCGUUUUACGUAGACUGUAACCGUUAUUAUAUUAUUAAAAUACUCCAGUACUUAUACUAAAAA